UGUAAGGAAACCUAACUCUAUUUGGUUUAUGAUACUUCUGAUUUAUAUAUAAUGUGAUAAUUUCACAAAUACUUAUUCUAAUCACUAAUUCUUCAAAAUCCUCCUUCUUCUAUACUGUCAAAAUCCUCUUCUUCUUCUAUACUGUCAAAAUCCUCUUUUCUUCUAUACUGUCAAUACAGUAACAAUAAUGGAAGAAAAUAACAACCAGAAGACGAACGAGAGCGUUUUUGAUCUCGACGAUUAUGAUACUUUUUUCAAUUCUUUACCAGUCGGCUACCGGUUUGUCCCUCGCGACGAUGAACUAAUCACCCAUUACUUGAUGAACAAGAUCGCCAACAAUCCAAUGCCUCGUAAUCGGAUUCGCGUUGUUAAUUUCUAUAAACAAUCUCCUCAACUCCUAACUGAAAUAUAUAAAUUGGAUAAAAGAAGAGAAACAGAAUGGUAUUUUUUCACUCCAAGAAACAAAAAAUACCCAAAAGGAGGCAGACCAAAUCGAAGAGCAGGCAAUGGAUAUUGGAAGCCAACUGGAAUUGAUAAGUUCAUUCCAGAUAAGGAAAACCCUUCAGGGGUUAGAAAAUCAUUAGACUAUUAUGAAGGAAAGCAGGGUUCUGGGAAGAGAACAGAUUGGAAAAUGCAUGAAUAUGUAAUAAUUCAUGGAAAACAUAGUCCUGCAAUUAGCAAUCAAAAAGAAAAGGAUCACAUGCAGUUGGAUGAAUGGGUUCUUUGCAAGCUUUAUAACAAUAAAGCAGAUAGCAAGAAAAAUGAGAUUAAUGAAGAGGAGGAAACUUCCAAUUCAAAUGCAACGGUUCCAAUAGCAAGUGCUUCAAAUCCGGAACUUGCAAAUGAUUCUAUGAUUAUCAAGCAAUCCAUGUGUUAUCCACAGCAAGAUCUAUCAGUUUCUCCUCGUUUUCCACCUAGUUAUCCAUCUUCUGCUAUCCCUCCUCUUCCAUCAGCACUGGACUACUCACGCAGUGACUAUGGUCACCACACUAGUUAUCCAUAUUCUCUUCUCCUUCCUCAACCUCCAGCACUGAACUACUCAUGCAGUGAUUAUGGCGACCACACUAGUUGUCCACAUUCUCCUCUCGCUCCUUUUCCUCCAGUAUUGGACUACUCAGGCAAUGAUUAUCUUAACGGCUAUGGUAUCUCAUUCCAAUCCCAUGAGCCGCAACCAUGCAAUGAUUAUCUUAACGGCUAUGGUAUCUCAUUCCAAUCCCAUGAGCCGCAACCAUGCAAUGCAAUGAUUAUCUUAACGGCUAUGGUAUCUCAUUCCAAUCCCAUGAGCCGCAACCAUGCAAUGAUUAUCUUAACGGCUAUGGUAUCUCAUUCCAAUCCCAUGAGCCGCAUCCAAACUAUCAUAAUGAUUUUUAUGAAAGUUACUCCUUACAUAUGGCUAAUGGUGACCAACCUGGUUCUUCAAAUCCAAAUCCAAAUAUGCACUUUGUCAAGGAAGAAUAUAAUGAUCCAUGACCAACUGCUUUUGGAAGAAGAUGCUAGUAUAUUGCUUUCGUUUAUUUACUAG